CCGCGCCCUAAACUCACACCUAGUUUCUCUGUGGAAAACACUUCGGCGUCCGCCAUAAACGAAUUUUUAUAAAUAGAAGAAGCUGACACCCAGAACCAACCAAAAAAAUGCGGGUUUUGAAAUCUCGGAGCGUAAAACCCAGACCCAUUUCGAAGUUGUUAAUGAAAGUGGGUUCGAGUCGGUGCUACGUAAGUAGUUGUAGGGCGGUGUUGUUGCCUCGGUUCGGUGGACCUGAGGUGUUGGAGCUCCGAUCCGAUGUGCCUGUUCCUGAUCUUAAGCCCAAUGAGGUCCUUGUAAGAGCCCGAGCUGUCUCUAUCAAUCCCCUUGAUACCAGAAUGAGAUCAGGCUAUGGUCGUUCUAUAUUCGAACCUCUUCUGCCUCUUAUUUUGGGACGUGAUGUAAGCGGCGAAGUUGCAGCUAUUGCAGCUUCAGUGAAGUCAUUGAAGGUAGGGCAGGAAGUUUUUGGUGCUCUGCAUCCAACUGCUGUGAGGGGCACGUAUGCUGACUAUGCAAUUCUUUCAGAAGACGAGCUUUCUCCAAAACCAGCAUCAGUUACUCAUGUGGAAGCAAGUGCCAUUCCUUUUGCUGCAUUGACUGCAUGGCGUGCCUUAAAAAGUACUGCUAGGAUAGCAGAAGGGCAAAGACUGUUAGUAAUAGGUGGUGGAGGAGCAGUAGGUUUUGCUGCAAUUCAGCUUGCGGUAGCCGUGGGGUGCCAUGUUUCAACUACUUGUGGAAAUCGAAGUAUAAAUCGAGUAAUGGCAGCAGGUGCAGAGCAGGCUAUUGAUUACACUGCUGAGGACAUUGAAGCAGUAAUUAAGGGAAAAUUUGAUGCUGUUCUGGACACUAUUGGUGUAGCAGAGACAGAAAGAAUAGGCAUCAAUCUUUUGAAUAGAGGUGGACACUAUAUGACACUUCAGGGAGAGGCAGCAGCACUCAGUGACAGGUAUGGGCUACCAAUUGGGCUUCCUGUGGCUACAGCUCUUUUACUGAAGAAAAGGAUUCAAUACCUAUAUUCUUAUGGAAUAGAAUAUUCAUGGACAUACAUGAGGGCUGACUCAGAAGGUUUACAUGAGAUACGACGAUUAACAGAAGCCGGAAAGCUGAAUAUACCUGUAGAAAAAACAUUUUCCAUAAGUCAAGUAAGAGAGGCUCAUGAAGCUAAAGACAAGAAGACAAUCCUAGUUUUCUUGGCUUGCCUCCUCUAUACUAGGAUGUUGCAUAUAAUGUGGGAAUUUUGCCGGUGCAAGCAUUCAGUGUCGUGUCGGAAUCUGUAAAUUGCUUGAGCAUAAAUUUUUUCCUUCAUUUUACUGAAAAUUUAUAGUUAAGCAUUUUGAAUAAAAAAAAAAAAGGGGAAAUUCAUUUGAAAUUGAUACUUGAUUGAACCAUCUAUAACUGUUAUCUUGCCCAUGUUCCCAAGUAUGACAAAAAGUAGUGAACUUUUGUGUCAAUUGAUUAUUCCAAAUCCUA